AUGACAUUACUCAAGAGAAACGACGAAGAGUCAUAUGCGGGCGGUAUGGCGGACCUCCCCGCCGACGAUGAUCUCAAGAUGAAGGGUGAGAAGGCUCUAUCUGCCAAGGAUCUGGAGCCCUUUGGCAAUGAGGAGACCGCGGAGGUCAAGUACCGUACCAUGAAGUGGUGGCACUGUGGCAUGCUCAUGAUUGCGGAAAAUGUCUCCGUUGGAAUCUUGUCUUUGCCCUCAGCGGUUGCCACACUGGGCAUGGUGCCUGCUUCCAUCAUGAUCUUGUUCAUAUCUGCCCUGUCCUGGUAUACUGGCUAUGCCAUUGGACAGUUCAAGCUCCGUCAUCCUCACAUCCACAGCAUGGGUGAUGCUGGAGAGUUGUUGAUGGGUCGUGUGGGCCGAGAGGUGCUCGGUAUUGGCCAACUUCUCUUGCUCAUUUUCCUUAUGGCCAGCAACAUCUUGACCUUUAAUAUCUUGAUGAACGUGCUCACUGAUCACGGCGCCUGUACGUUGGUCUUUGGUGUCGUUGGUCUGGUGAUCUGUUUCUUGGGUGCUUUGCCUCGCACCAUGGAGAAGGUUUACUGGAUGUCUGUUAUUUCAUUCGCGAGUGUCUUGGUGGCCACCAUCAUCACCAUGAUCACCGCUGGUGUUGAAGCCAAGGGCUCUGUGGUGAACGAAGUGACCACAAAUGUCAGCUUCCGUGAGGGUUUCCUCGCUGUCACCAACAUCAUCUUCGCCUAUCUCGCCCACGUCGCCUACUUUGGGUUCAUGUCCGAGACUGAGGACCCACGCACCUUUAACAAGUCCCUUGCAAUGCUUCAGAUUGUCGACACCGUGCUGUACCUGGUCAGCGCGUUGAUCAUCUACCACUACGUUGGUCCCAACGUCUCCUCCCCAGCUAUCUCUUCACUGAGCCCUGUCAUGAGCAAGGUCGCUUGGGGUAUUGCCAUUCCAACUACUAUUCUCUCGGGCGUUGUAUUAGGUCAUGUUGCCUGCAAGUACAUUUACGUUCGCAUGUUCCGUGGCUCCGACAAGAUGCACAGUCGCAGCCUUCUCUCCGUUGGAUCCUGGGUGGCAAUUUGCAUUGGCGUCUGGGUCGUUUCCUGGGUCGUUGCGGAGUCGAUUCCCGUCUUCAAUGAUCUGCUCAGUUUGAUUAGUGCCCUCUUUGGCAGUUGGUUCAGCUUUGGCUUACCUGCUGUCUUCUGGCUCCACAUGAACAAGGGCCAAUACUUCCGCGAUUGGAAGAAGGCUUCCCUGACGAUUCUCAAUAUUUCUAUUUUCCUCAUCUCAUGCGCUAUGUGUGGCCUUGGUCUCUUUGUCUCCGGCGUCGCUAUCCAUAAUGACUCAAGCUCAAACAGCUGGUCCUGUUCGAAUAGUGCUUGA